GUGAUGUGUGAGAGGAGAGUGGAAGUAUAAAUAGCAGCGCCAUGCAGUCCGCGGGCAGUAGGAGAGCGAGUAUCCCAAGCUGGCUCACACAAUAGCUUUAGCUGGUGGUCUGUGUGUGGACGAAGCUGCAGGCUGAAGGUUUCCUGAUGAAGGCAUGUGCUGCUGGAUAUUCAGUGUCUGUGUCAGUCAGUUAGCGCCCUUUCAGACCGAGGCUACACGACAUAGCUGUACAGUGUAGCAGCAUUUAGCAAAGCGCUGAAUAAAAAGUGACUUUCCCCCCAUUUUAAGUCUCAGUUUCGGAUAAAAUGCGCUCGUGGUUUGUGGCUGUGCUGCUGGUGGUCUGUGCGGUGGGGACGAGUCUCUCUCAGCGGUCUGACUCUGAGGAAACUCUACCUGUUCGGCUGAACGGCGGACGGGUGUCGAAGAGGAGUGAGGAGCAUCCGCGGUUCAGGCUCACCGCCUUCGGCAGGAACUUUACACUGAAUUUAAGCCCGGACAGCAGCUUCAUAUCGCCCACCAUGAAGAUCUACCGCAUUAAAGCGAAGCACUCUUCUGAGCACAGUCGAGGGAGGGUGGCGAGGCAGGUGUCCAUCACUGCACCCUUCACACAUCCUCUCAGAGCCGUGAACACGACGAGGGAGAGCGGAGCGGACCUGAGAGGCUGCUUCUUCACAGGCACCGUGGAGUCCAGCGCGGACUCCGUGGUGGCCGUCAGCCUCUGUCACGGCAUCCUGGGCUCGUUCAUUACAGGAGGGGAAGAGUUUCAGAUUGAGCCGAAACGCGUCGGCUCGGAGAGCUCCACUCAGCAGCUGCACGUCAUCAGGAGGAGAAGGUUCACUGAGGAGCUUCUUGGAGCAAAGCCUUCAUUUGGACCAGCAGAGGAUGGACGUUACAGAGGACCAUGUUCAGCUGGAGAAGACAGAGAGGGAGUAAUCAGAGGGGGUGCAGAGGAGAGCCAGGAGACACUUGGAGAUGGUACAGUUAGAGGGGGUACAGGGGAGAGCCAAGGUACAUUUACAGAUAGGACAGUUAGAGAGGGUGCAGAGGGCACAGAGGAGAGCCAAGAGACUUUUGGACAUGGUACAGUUACGGGGGGUACAAAGGAGAGCCAAGAGACUUUUGGAGAUAGUACAGUUAGAGAGAGUACAGAGGGCACAGAGGAGAGCCAAGCUACAUAUACAGAUAGGACAAUUAGUCAGGGCACAGAGAGUACAGAUGAUCCAGUAAGAGAGAGAACAGUUAGUACUGUGACCCCCAGGCACAGGCGCUUUGUGUCCGCGCCAAGAUUUAUUGAAACUCUGGUGGUCGCAGAUGCCUCCAUGUCCAGAUUCCAUGGAGAGGAGAUAAAGCACUACAUCUUGACCUUGGUAUCUGUGGCUGCUCAGAUGUACAAGCAUCCCAGCAUUAAGAACUCUUUGAACAUCGUGAUAGUGAAGGUGUUGAUUGUGGAAGAUGAAGAGGUUGGACCAUCCGUUUCCAGCAAUGGGGGUCUGGCACUGCGCAAUUUCUGCUCCUGGCAGCAGCUGUUCAAUCCAUCCAGCCAGAGGCAUCCAGAGCAUUUUGACACUGCUGUGCUCUUCACUAGAGAGGAUAUCUGUGGCCAUCAGAGCUGUGACACGCUGGGCGUUGCCGAUGUGGGGACCAUGUGUGACCCUAAAAGGAGCUGCUCCGUUAUUGAAGACAACGGACUGCAGGCGGCCUUUACAGUAGCCCACGAACUGGGCCAUGUGCUGAGCAUGCCUCAUGAUGACUCCAAGAACUGUGAGAGGCACUUUGGACAUGUGGCUCAGCAUCACAUCAUGGCUUCUGUAUUCAACGGUUUCAGUAAAACAUCUCCCUGGUCUCCAUGCAGUGCUUUCUACAUCACUGAGUUCUUUGACAGUGGUUAUGGAGAUUGUCUACUGGAUGCUCCUGAGAAGGCGAUGCCCUUGCCCACUGAGUUGCCUGGUCUGACUUUUGGUCUGGACCGCCAGUGUCAGCAGAUCUUUGGGGAGGGGUUCUCAUAUUGCCGCAACAGUUCAGCUGACGAGGUGUGCAGCCAGCUUUGGUGCCAACAGGAAGGCCAGUCUUUGUGCACCACCAGAAACGGAAGCCUACCCUGGGCAGAUGGAACGGAGUGUGGCCCUAACAAUUCCUGCCUGGACGGUGUGUGCACUGCUAUUGAGGAGGUCAUGAGACCAAAGGUGUCUGUGGAUGGAGGCUGGGGCGAGUGGAGGCCGUGGCAGCAGUGCUCCAGAUCAUGUGGAGGAGGAGUAAUGUUCUCUUACAGAGAGUGUGAUCAACCAUCUCCUCAGAAUGGUGGGAGCUACUGCGAGGGCCAGAGAGUGCGGUAUAGGUCCUGUAACACACAGGCCUGUGAAAACAGCCACGGGAAGCGCUUCCGAGAAGAACAGUGUGAAAAGUACAACAAUCCCAAUCAUUUUGAUAUUUAUGGAAACAUCAAGCAGUGGAUACCAAAAUAUGCUGGAGUGUCACCGCGGGACAGGUGCAAACUCUUCUGCAGAGCAAGAGGCAGCAGUGAAUUCAGAGUGUUUGAAGCAAAGGUAAUUGAUGGAACAACAUGUGGUCCAGAUACCACAUCGGUCUGUGUCCAAGGCCAGUGCAUCAAAGCUGGCUGUGACCUGGAGAUCGGGUCUAACAAGAAGUUUGACAAGUGUGGUGUGUGUGGUGGGGAUGGACACAGCUGUAGGAAGAUAUCUGGAUCAUACAACAAAGUCAUCCACGGAUAUAGUGAUAUUGUAACAAUCCCAGUCGGAGCCACCAACAUUGACAUCAAGCAGCGCAGCCACGGAGGCGUAAAACAUGACGGAAACUACCUCGCGGUCAAGCGAGAAAACGGCGAGUAUAUACUGAAUGGCAACUUCUCAGUGUCCACUGUAGAGCAGGACAUUCCAGCUCGUGGAGCUAUUCUCAAGUACAGUGGCUCGGCCACCACCUUGGAGAGGAUUCAGAGUUUCCUUCAACUUCAGGAAACCAUCACCAUACAAUUGCUUUCCACUGCUGGGGAGGCGAACCCACCAAAGGUCAAAUACACAUUCUUCAUUCCUAAAGGCGUCUCUUUCAGUAAACCCAAAGAGAGGAACACAUCUGUCCACAUGAUUCAUCCUUUCGGUGUUCCGCAGUGGGUGUUAGGAGAGUGGGCCGAAUGUUCCAAAAGCUGCGGCUCGGGAUGGUCUAGGAGAGCCGUGGAGUGCAAGGACAAUGCUGGCUUCUACUCAAACCACUGUGACAAAGACCUCAAACCCACUGAUAUCAGGCCUUGCGCAGACCUGCCAUGCCCCAUAUGGCAAAUCGGGCCUUGGUCUUCAUGUUCCCGAACAUGUGGUCUUGGAGAACGCCGCCGCAGUGUGCUCUGCAUCGAUUACACUGGGAAGGCUGUUGAGGAAGAAAAGUGUGAUGCUUCCAAGCAACCCAAGCCAGUAUCUGGAGACUGUAUGUACCAGGAGUGUUAGCAGCCUCUAAGCAGGCUUUGGCCAAAGAAGAGGCUAGAUAUUUUAGAAUGAACUACUAACCACCUUGACAGAGCUUUAAAGCAAAGCAGGAAAAGCUUAGUUUUAGAAUGAAGAACUAAACUGACCUGAGUGACCAGGCUUUGGCCUGUUUGAAUGAAGCUUUGUAUUUCUGAGUGCUGUUGCCAACAUUUAUUUAUAACCACUAUUUUUCAGUAGAGAUCUACCUCAACAGGGAUAUAUUGUUUUUUUAAUAACCUUCUCCCUUUUUUCCAUGCAGUGAAGCUGUUGAACAAAAGCUGUCAGACAGUCCACUCCUCAUAAUUCAUUUUCCACACAUUUUAUCUUUUGUAAUUCCAGGUGCUACUGUAUAUAGGAUGUGAAGUUGGUAAAUCCUUGCCAUUUCCCCCGAGUGCCAAAGUGAUAUUAGUGCAUAUCAUUGCAUAAUUCUAAAUAUUUACAUUUUUUAGUGCUGUAUGUCUUACGGAAAGAUUUAUUGCUAUCAUUUUACAUAUUCCUGGCUAUAAGAAGAAUUCAUAUGUCCUGUUAUUGGGUCAAGGUGCUAAUGAUUUCUUUGCAUUGUGUUAUCUUUUACAUGUGAUACAAAGCAAAUUGAAUCAUCCUUCCAGUUUAUGGUAGCUUUAAACAGACAUGCUUUAAUUUACUGUAUUGCCUGUCUUUUGUUUGUGACAAUUAACAGAAACUUGCAAAUAUGUCAUAUUACAGCUAACUAUAAUUAUUUUGUACAGCUACUCAAAUGUAUGCUUAUGUAUAUAUAUGUAUUUCUAACUAUUUAGAAAGUCAUACAGUUGGAUGUUCAUCCAGAAUUAAUGACUUUUUAUAGUCUGUACAGAACUGUUUACAUCAAAAGUAAACAUACCUGUAGUCUGAUUAUGACUUGCUCUGCAAAUAGCGAGAAAAACCAUGAACCGCAGAAUCAGUAGGGUUUCCCUACUCGUUCCUCUGUUUUGUUGUAGUUAAUAUUAAGAUCUGCAGUACUGUGCAGAAGUCAGAGACCACCCUUUAUGUAUUUAAUUUUCAGAGUGGACAUUAAGUACAAGUUAAGUGCCUUUACUACAGCAUUCGUUCUUUCUGGGAGUCUUGCUUUCAGUUUUUCCACACCUCCAAAGUUCAGUCUUAGAAGUUGGAUGCCUUUUCUGCUUCUCACAAUUCAAGUCAUUCAGUGACA